AUGGGGACGGGUGCAUCGAGAAACGCCGAUGGAGGGUUGCAUGGAGGCGAAGAACGAGAGGAGAGCCUCGACCAAGCCGGCGGUCAACUUUACGUUUCGUUGAAGAUGGAGAAUUACAAGAAGAAAGGAGACCUUAUUCCUCAUGUUUAUGGCUCCGUUCCUCUCGUUGGUUCCUGGGAUUCCUCCAAAGCUCUCUCAAUGGAGCGAGAAUCGACUUCCAUGUGGGAACUGAGCUUUGUUGUUCCCCCUAAUCACGAAACUUUGGAUUUCAAGUUCUUGUUGAAGCCUCAGAAUGGUUACACACCUUGUAUUGUUGAGGAGGGUCCAAACCGACAGCUCAUUGGGGGUACCUUACAAGGGGAUGCAAGACUGGCACUAUUUAAGCUAGAUAAUGAGGAGGUUCUUGAGUAUCGAGUGCUGAUUAAAGCAGACAGGGUUUCUCCCUUUGAUCUUGCAGCAAGUUGGAGAGCAUUUCAAGAUAAUCUCCGGCCUUCGACUGUUCGUGGUAUUCCUGAUGUUAGCAUUAAUGCAGUUCCAGAGACAGGUCAUGAGAAUGGCUCUUCAGCUAGUUUGGAGCUUGACCUUGAACAUUAUGUUGUACCUGCUCCACCCACUUCAGCAAACUCUGGGCUGGUUUAUGCAGCCAAUUUGGCAGAAAAUCCACGGUCUCUAACAUUUGCUGGGGGUUGUUGCGAUCGAACUGCUACUAUAAUGGAGAUGGAGGUUGCCAUUCCGGAUUCCUCUAAGGUUUAUUCAGGAUCUGGGACAGUUGAAUCAAAAUCUGUGGGAACCUUUUCACCUUUGCAAAAGCAAGACAAUCACAGGGGGCUCUUUGUGGAUAGGGGUGUUGGAUCUCCCAGGAUGGUCAAAUCUUCUCGUUCAGCUGCUUUUAGUUUUGAACUUAAACUGGGCAGUCAAAAUAAGAAUUCAAUGCCUGCAGCUGCUGGAGCUGUUGCAGCUGCAGCUAUAGCUGAUCAGAUGCUUGGACCAAAGGAGGAUAGACAUCUAGCUCUUGUCCUGGUUGGUUUGCCAGCUCGGGGAAAGACCUUUACUGCUGUUAAACUUACACGAUAUCUUCGCUGGUUGGGACAUGAUACUAAGCAUUUUAAUGUUGGAAAGUAUCGUCGACUCAAACAUGGUACAAACCAGUCAGCUGACUUUUUCCGAGCAGACAAUCCUGAAGGCAUGGAGGCACGUAAUGAGGUAGCAGCCCUGGCAAUGGAUGAUAUGAUAGCCUGGAUGCAAGAAGGUGGCCAGGUUGGAAUAUUUGAUGCAACUAACAGUAGCAGGAGUAGACGGAAUAUGCUGAUGAAAAUGGCUGAAGGAAAUUGUAAGAUUAUUUUUCUAGAAACAAUAUGCAAUGAUGAAAGGAUUAUUGAAAGAAAUAUUCGUCUUAAAAUACAACAAAGUCCUGACUAUGCAGAAGAGCCAGAUUUUGAGGCUGGAUUACGGGACUUUAUAACCCGAUUAGCUAAUUAUGAAAAGGUUUAUGAACCAGUUGACGAAGGGUCUUACAUCAAAAUGAUUGAUAUGGCUAGUGGGCAUGGUGGACAAAUACAAGUUAACAACAUCAGUGGCUACCUUCCUGGACGAAUUGUCUUUUUCUUGGUCAACACCCAUCUCACACCUCGUCCAAUAUUAUUAACCAGGCAUGGAGAGAGUCGUGAUAAUGUUAGAGGUAGAAUUGGUGGUGACAGCGUAUUGAGUGAUACUGGAGAAAUAUAUAUGAAGAAACUAGCAAACUUCGUUGAGAAGCGACUGAAAAAUGAAAGGACCGCAUCUAUUUGGACCAGCACCCUCCAGAGAACAAUUCUGACAGCAAGUCCAAUUGUUGGAUUUCCAAAGAUACAAUGGCGUGCACUUGAUGAGAUAAAUGCUGGUGUGUGUGAUGGAAUGACUUAUGAAGAAAUAAAGAAGAAUAUGCCAGAGGAGUAUGAGUCUCGCAAGAAGGACAAGCUUAGAUAUCGGUAUCCUCGGGGAGAAUCUUACCUGGAUGUUAUUCAAAGGCUUGAACCUGUAAUUAUUGAGCUUGAACGACAAAGAGCACCCGUUGUAGUGAUAUCUCACCAGGCUGUAUUGAGAGCGUUAUAUGCUUAUUUUGCUGAUAGGCCCCUCAAGGAAAUUCCUCACAUUGAGGUGCCACUUCAUACUAUCAUAGAAAUAAAAAUGGGAGUAACAGGCGUUCAGGAGAAAAGAUAUAAACUAAUGGAUUGACCACACCUCAAGAGAUUUGGUUUUCUUGAUAAUGGAACUUGUCCAAAUAACAUUGAGAUGCAUUUUUCAUUGAUUGUAUUUUUCUUUGUAAAAAAUAUAAGAUUAGUAACAAUCCAACUGUUGUACCAAUAAUAGUAAUUAUUACAAUUAAAAUAUGUAAGUUUUGCUCCA